GGCGCUUCCGGCGCACGGUGAUGACGUCAGGAGGCGGUGCCAGGCCGCGGGUCGGAGCGGGUUGAGAUUGAACGUAGAGCAUGAACUUCUUUGUGUUGUCCACCUAGAACACUUUUUGCCACGUGUAAUUCUGAUGGAAGACCAGCUGAGGUUCCUGCUGUGCUGAGCAGUUGCUUGGAGAAGUGGUGAAUGAGUGGAGAUACACUUGGUGAUGGUUCAAACGUGGGAGCUGCUGCAGAUGUGGUUGCUGCUGGCGCUGCCCUGGGAAGAUGCCUUGACAGGGAAUUAACACCCGUCAGUGAUGGGCUGUGGGACAAGCAAAGUGCUUCCCGAGCCCCCCAAAGAUGUGCAGCUAGAUCUGGUUAAAAAAGUAGAACCGUACACGGGCCACAGUGACAUCUACAAGCAUUUCAUCAAAGAUGAUUGCGGGGCUGUCAUCAAAGCCGGCUCUCCCUCACCCCCGCGUCACACGAACCCGUUUCCUGGUAACCCCCAGCCUGCCCACGCGGCCCAGCCCGAGCCCCGCAAGAACAAAGUGGCCAAAUACCGUGCCAAGUUUGACCCCAGAGUGACGGCCAAGUACGACAUUAAAGCCCUGAUUGGAAGGGGCAGCUUUAGCCGCGUCGUGCGGGUGGAACACAAGGCCACCAAGCAGCCCUACGCGAUCAAGAUGAUCGAGACCAAAUACCGGGAGGGGAGGGAGGUGUGCGAGUCGGAGCUUAGCGUGCUGCGGCGGGUUCGCCACACCAAUAUCAUCCAGCUGAUAGAGGUGUUCGAGACCCAGGAUCGCGUGUACAUGGUGAUGGAGCUGGCCACUGGAGGAGAACUGUUUGACAGAAUCAUCGCCAAAGGUUCCUUCACGGAGAGGGACGCCACGCGCGUGCUGCAGAUGGUGCUGGACGGGGUGAGGUACCUGCAUACGCUGGGCAUCACGCACCGGGACUUGAAACCGGAGAACCUGCUCUAUUACCAUCCCGGGACGGAUUCCAAAAUCAUGAUUACAGACUUUGGAUUGGCCAGCGCUCGGAAGAAAGGAGAUGACUGCUUGAUGAAAACCACCUGCGGGACGCCGGAGUACAUCGCUCCCGAGAUCCUGGUCAGGAAGCCCUACACCAACUCUGUGGACAUGUGGGCGCUGGGUGUCAUCUCCUACAUCCUCCUGAGCGGCACGAUGCCCUUUGAGGACGACAACCGCACCCGCCUGUACCGGCAGAUCCUGAAAGGGAAGUACAGUUACUCAGGCGAGCCCUGGCCCAGCGUGUCCAACCUGGCCAAGGAUUUCAUCGAUCGCCUGCUCACGGUGGACCCCGGUGACAGGAUGACCGCCCUUCAGGCCCUGAAGCACCCCUGGGUGGUUAGCAUGGCGGCCUCCUCCUCCAUGAAGAACCUGCACCGCUCCAUCUCCCAGAACCUUCUCAAGAGAGCCUCCUCCCGCUGCCAGAGCACCAAGUCGGCGCAGUCCACGCGCUCCAGCCGCUCCACCAAAUCCAACAAGUCGCGGCGGGUUCGGGAACGGGAGCUGCGAGAGCUCAACCUGCGCUACCAGCAGCAAUACACUGGCUGAGCACUGGGCUGGGACCUGCCCGAAGUCUUCCCAGACGUCUUCUCUGCAGCGUAGGUGUGCAGCACCCUUUGCUGCAGGUUCCUCCCUCCCUUCCUUCAGGUGUCCCCCCCCCCUGGGUGGAGGAGAAGGAACCUUGUGGUGGCACUUCUGGGCCAGCUGUGCCGCGGGGUCUCACGCGGGAAACGGAGCAGCUCUCGUUGGCUGAGAGCUCGGAGCCUCGAGUAACACACAAAUUAAGGAGCCACAAACGAGGAGAAGAGCUCUUUCUGUAGCCCGGGAGCCUGGUUGCUCAUAGUUAUUUAUUAAUUCCACUCGCGUAUGGAACCAAAAUCACUUUGUAUGUGCGCGUACACACGUGUGGGUGUGUGUAUAUAUUUAAAAAAAAAAAAAAAGAUAUAUACACACAUUCUGAGCUGGUUUAGUCACACUCCGUGGUGCCUUUGCAGCGAAGCUGGUGUGAGUCACAUGCAGUUAGAACCAAGGUAGCACUGAGUCGCCAGCAUGCUGCCCGCCGGCUCCUCAUCCCGGUGCAGCGCCGUGCAGAUGCCAGCUGUGUGUGUGUGUGCUGUGGCCCUGAAGCUGUGGGGAUCCCCAGAGGGCUGCCGUCAGCGUGCUGACAUCAAGGGUUUGCUCACACCGUGCAGACUGGCAGCCGGACCAAAAUGCAGCCACCUCGGAGCUGGGGUCCCGUCCCAUUCGUCCUGACUGCGUGAGUGCUCCCCGGUGAGGGGUAGGAUGGUCCUGCAGGAACUUUGUGCUCCACAGAGAUAAGGCAGUUUUUAGGGAUUCCCCUGUUUGUGGUAGGACCAGUGGCUGCCGUGCAGGGAUCAUUCUUGUUGCUGUGAUGUGGCUUACUGUUACCGACUGCGUUUCAGCACACCAGCGCUUCGGUUGCUCUGGGGUGUUCCCUGUGCCCUGGUAUUGCCAUCAGUUCCCUGGGGCAGGGAAGUGGUGGUGGGAGCUGGCGAGGUGGCCACAAGUGGCUCCAUAGGGGUAGGGUAGGGGCUUGGCCAGCAGGAGCCCAGUCCUGGCAUGACAGCAGUGAGAGAUGUUGCACAGAAACCACCGAGCUGUUAGAUACAGCUUAAAUCCACCAGGGAAAAGCAGGCUUUCAGUCUUAACUGAGCUGAAAAAAGGAAAUUUCUAGGGAUGUGCUUUCCAGCCCAGCGCUAGGAACCCAACCACACGUCUUUUGUUCCCAAGCUCACGAGGAGGAAUGUGACAGAGGAUACCUGAGGACGGUGAUCCUGCAUGCACUUGCAGCAGGGGUGCAUUCCAAAUCCUUCACGUGGGUUUGCACGUUACAUUGGAAGCUCUGGGUCCCUUGCAGGCUGCUCUGCCCUGGGUGGCCAUCCUGCCACAUCUCAUGCAGGCUUUCUUCCAUCAGCGUUAACUGCUGUUGCAGAAUUACUGGCUGUUUUUACUUUAGCUUUGCGGGCUGCAGAAAAAAAAAUAAAAGGUUUCUUCAGCUUCUUUUACCUUUUGUUGUAGUCUUUCCUGGUUCGUUACCAGGAACAUGGUUUCUGAGAAAACAGGCAGCUUGCCACGUUCUGCUUCAUUAGCAGCUCGGUGCUCCUUGUAUUCCUGCAAACAGCUCUUCAAUAGCAGCAAGUACUUCAAGGCAGGUAUUAACUGGAAAAGUGCUCUUCCCCUUUACAUGAAGAGAUGGCCGGAUGCUUUCUCAGAGGGCUUCUGGUUAUGAGCCAUUACUUGAAGGAGUCUUCUGCGUGUUUGGAGCAUCGCAGCCGGGCGCUGUGAUCUUUGUGUCCUCUUUGGUACUUUUAUAGCCCUCCCCAGGUUAUCUUGCCCGCUUGUCCUUAAAGCAGGUCUUUUACCUGUGCAAGGGAGUCAAACUGAUGGACUGAGCCAAGACCCUUAGAAUCUGAGACCCUUUCCUUUAACCACUGGACCAUCGCCAUGCCCAGCUGUGCAGGUUUGUACCUACCUUGUCCCCACGAGCUUUACAUGGAUGCGAGAGGAGGGCAGGAGGUUGAGCUCUCAUCUGACCAAGCUUGCAUCUCCUUCACACAGCGGAGCAAGAAUCUUCCAAUCUCUGGCUUCAAACAAUUCCUUGGUGCUUUCAGCCUUGCAGCUGUGGCACGUUUACAGCUAGGGGACAGGCAGUGUUCCACUAGUUCAGUUGCCUUCACUUCAGCCUGUCCUUGGAGAAGCUUUCACUGUGAAUGAUCUUGCUCAUCUUCCUGUGUGUUCUGCAGGGCCGUCUCAGCUCUCCGUUGAUCUAAUGUCUCAGGACUUUCCCCUUUUCAGAAGUGCCUUGCCUGGGGAUGAUCGAAGUUAAAAUCUCUGAUGCUCUGUGUUUGUUUGUUUUUUUUUUCCUCCCAUUUCCUUCUUUGGCUCUUAAUGGUGGUUCUUAAUUUGGCUUGUGGACUUUCUGAGCGACUUCCCCUAGCUCUGCAUUAGCCAGGAGAACGCAGGUGACAUCCAUUGCUGUGUCGUUGGGGAGCAAAGCUCAGCGGAGGAGCUUUUGUUUUCUGUACUUGGUUAAUAGGGUGAAAACGAAGCUGGAAGGACACCUAGUGGCAAGCUGCGCUGAUUCCUCGUCCACAAGAAGUUCUGCAGAGUCAAGGGAACACUGUGCAGUUGUCUUUUGGAACUUAGCACUACUGUGUAAAGCAAUCCCGUUGUUCUGCCCUGGAAGUUUCCCUGCUCUGCUGGGGAGAUGGAUACGGCCUCAGAGAACACUGCCGGCUGAUUCCUUGGUAUUGUGGGGGGAAAUGAAUGUGAAAAUGUCUUCCAGACUAAACAUUAAGUAAACUCUGGACUGUUCAGCUUUGCAUCCAGAUUUUCUGAGUGUGUGAUGUAUUUUCCUGCAUAUUUUGCUAAAAAGCAAUUGCUUGUCCGGCUGUGAUUUACUUCUUACUGUCUCAGGCUUCUAUAAACUAACACAUCAGCCCGGGGCUGGCAGAUCCCCUCGCUCCUUCAGUCCAGGAACAGCCUGUGCUGCUUAGCACUGAGAUUGCCCCCGCCCGUUCGAAGGGCUCUGCCGUGCACAGUGACCUGAAACCAGCAGCACAGAGCCUGCGUUACCAGUUUGGGAAUGAGAAAACCUCAAACUCUCAGCUGCUGUGGCAUUUGGAUAUUUUCACGGAAUCACAGAAGCAUUAAGGUUGGAAAAGACCUCUCACAUCCCUGAGUCCAACCCCACCAUGCCCACUGGCUCAGUGCCACAUCCCCACGGCUCUGGGACACCCCUAGGGACAGUGACUCCCCGACCUCCCUGGGCAGCUGUGCUGGUGCCUCACUGCUCUUUCCAAGCAGAAGUUGUUCCUAAUAUCCCACCUGCUAUUUAGUCCUCCCUUUAGUUCAGGUAUUUUCUGCUCUGGUAACUUAAAUUUUUUCAUACCCUGCUCUGUUUUUCAAUCCUGUUUUCUAGCAGAGCCAAAGCGUUAGCUUGGGGAGCACGAGUUGUGGUCAGCUCUGCUAUGGGACAGCAUCUCUGGAUUGAGCUCCAUGAGCUGUGGUGAGUCCUGGAGUGAUGCAGAAGCCAACACGUGGUGCCUUGCAGGCAGGAGAGCUCUCCCAUCGAGGUCCCUGGUGUGUGGGGCCAGCACUGGCUUUCACCUUGGUUGGGGUUGUGCCAGUUCUGCCCAUCUCCAUGGGCAGAGUAAAGCAGAGACUGGCUCUUGGGAGAUGGCACUGGAGAAUUCCCAAAGUGUUCCCUGUCUGUAGAAAAAUCCGGGUCAGCCCGUGGGUUUGGGCAGCUGCUUCCCAGCCUUCUUCAUCCCAGAACACAGCGUGCUGUGCCCCGAGCUGCCUGCACUGCUCUCGGGAGCUUUUUGGUGCUUCUCCUGACCGCUCGGUCUCCUCCUGUUGCCUUUCAGUGCGGAAAGACACCUCCCGGGAAGCUCUGGGACCUUCCAGUGCUCGCUGUUAUUUUCGGUCACUGAAUUUCCUGUGCUGGGCUGGAAGCACAGCGCUCGUGUCCUACUCACCCUUAAAGAAAUGCCCGGUUCUGUGCCUCGCCUUUGGGCCCUGUCUUUAUGGACCGUCUCGCAGAAUGAGGUCCGAAGCGUUGUAAUUAGUCUGUGACGUUAUAAUUAGAGUGUACAGAGCUAUUUAUUUUGUGUACUCGGUCUGUUAAACACGGCAAUGUAUCCUGUGUA